AUGUGGCCCUUGGGGAGCCCUAAUUUGGCCCCCGAGGGCCUCCAGAUAGGGCCUGGCAACCUCUACGACUCUGUUUCCAAUAAGCCUGGCCCAUCUGGAGCUGAAGGGGAGCGCAGGAAGCAGUCACUAACUUUUGGAACAACUGCAGUGGUCGUUCCGUGUAAAGGAGAAUGGACAGUUCGGGAGUUGAUAGACCAAGCCAACCAGAGGUAUCGAAAGAUUCUGGAACAGAAUGGGGAGGACUUCCUGGUUCGGACCCACCACAUGGAGUACUGUGAAGGGGACAUCUUGGACCUGGAUGACCUGCUUACUGACCUGGUGGAGGACCGAGACAAGCUGGUGGCAGUGUUCGAAGCACAGGAGUUCCAGAGGAGGGUGACAGCGAGCCCAGCGGACAGCGAGGGGGGCUCCACGGGCCGCUCUAGCCCCAGCCCUUACCCCGAUCCUGACCCCUACGAUCACCAGCCCUCCUACUUUCAGCCAACCAGAGGAGGAGGGAUAGAGGUUAAUGCCUCCACCCUCAAAGCCAGCAUCCCUCUACUGGUGAGGAGCAGCAGUGACUCUGCCCUGGCCCCACCACUGGAAAUUGUGACACCUCCCCCUGAUGACCUCAAUGCCAGACCAGCUGAAAUGGAUGACAGCCAUGCACUGACCCACAGAGGAGAACCCAAAGACCGACUGAGGCUUGACAUCCCCACUACAGCCAAAAUGAGCCGGGUCACACUCAACCCCCUGACCGAGACAGUGGAACUCUCUGGAGAACAGGGACCGCUGGGGAUCCACGUCGUCCCCUACUGCUCCUCGCUGAGUGGACGGACCCUGGGCCAGCACAUUAAAAGUAUCGAGGCGAACAGUCGCUCCAAGAGAGAGGGCAUAUUCCGGGAGGAUGAGUGCAUCGUUCAGAUUAGCGGCACCAAGCUAAUGGACAAGACAUUUGCCCAGUCCCAGGAAGUGUUCCGUCAGGCCAUGUGUUCCCCUCUGGUGCGCCUGGAGAUCCUGCCGCUGGCCAACAAGCAGCAAUAUGAGAAACGCCUCAUCGGGCAGCUCGUCACCGACAUUCACGACUCCAUCCCCAAAGCCAAGAGCCCCCUCGUGAUCCACCAAAAAAUGGACGCUAAACCAGAAGUGAAACCAGAAACCGUGAAACCAGAGCAGAUCAAUCCCAAACUGGAGCCCAGACGUCCAGACCUCCGUGUCCUCAGCUCCAAGACCCCCGAUCUCCCAGCCUCUCUCACCCCGCUUGGGGAGCACCAGACUGGGCACGUCCCAGAGGAGAUGCCCCUCAGUGUGUCCCCAGCCCCAGUGGUCAGAGAUCGGGAUGGGGCCUCCCCCAUGGCGGUGGGGGGCAGCGAGAGCCCCCUGGCCCAGGGAAAGAGUCCCACUGGGCUCCCUAACCUGGCCAACCUGACCAACCAGAAGGGAGGCCUGAAGCUGAAGAUUGAGGAAAGGCAGUGUACCGAGGGGCUGGGUUUCACCGUGGUGACCCGGGACUCGACGGUCCAUGGCCCGGGGCCCACCCUGAUCGAGAACAUCCUUGCCCGGGGCGCCGCCAUCAAAGAUGGCAGCCUGGUGAACGGUGUAGACCUGACGGAUCGAACUCAGGAGGAGCUGGUGGCCAUGCUGCGCUGCUCCAAGCAGGGGGAGUGUGUCUCUGUGGUUGUGGCCAGACAAGAGGAGAUCCUCCUACCCAGAGAGCUCAAAAGGGAGGAGGCAAGCCCCCUGGUGCUGGAGGAUGGGCGGGAGCAGCUGAUGUUCGAGGUGCUCCUGAACGACACUGGCUCAGCCUCCCUGGGCAUCAGCCUCAAGGGCAACAAGUCCCGGGAGAAGGGCGAGGACCUUGGCAUCUUCAUAAAGUACAUCAUUCACGGAGGGGCCGCCUACAAGGACGGCCGCCUGCGGGUCAACGACCAGCUGAUUGCGGCUAACGGCAAGGAGCUGCUGGGCCUUCGCCGGCGAGCCUCUGACCCGAGAGGUCUCCGAUACAGGCACAGAUAUCUGCAGGGGUCAGUGCAAAGCUAUACACUUAGUGAUACACACAGGCACACAACGCAAGGGAACUUGCAUAGUCCAACACUCGGUAACAUACACAAACACAUGCAAGGCGCAGCACACAGCAAGGUACAGAGCAACACACACAGAUACUAUGAAGGCCUGGCGCAGGUAUACACACAGGAGAACACAGACAGCUACACGGAUGACAACAUGCAGACACACGCAAUGUACCACACAGCCACACAACAGGCAAUGUCGUCCGUAGACGGCAAUGUCUACAGGUACACGCAGUCACACUCCGAGAGCCAGGAAGCGGCUAGCCACCAGGUCCCAGAUGGCCCCUCCGGACCCCUGGCUCUAGCUGCAGCCCUGGAGUCCCACCACCACAGCAACGGUCCCAGCCGUCCAUGGUCCCCAACAACAUCUACUACAGCUUUGGAGAGAGCACAGCAACCCAGGCAGACAGACUACCCUCAGACAAGGAACUCUAAGAGCAUGGACCUGGUGGCUGAUGAGAGCAACAUGAGAUCCCUGGCAGAGCAGAGCCCAGAGGUCUCAUCCAGGGGGAGUGACCUGGGUCCCACCUUGGGCCUAUGGAAGUCCUGCUCCUUGGAAAGCCACCAGUCGGCCAUGUCUGAGGCCCGGCAGCUGAGCCAGGUGCCCUUCCCCUGUCCCAGGCCUCACAUUGUGCGGGGGAGGGGCUGCAACCAGAGCUUCCGCACCGCCAUCGACAAGUCCUACGAUGGGCCCUCGGAGUCGGAGGACGAGCAGAGCUCCGGCCGAGACACGCCCGUCAGUGGCUCAUCCCGCCAGGACCAGAUCAAAUCAGGGGCAGGGAAGAAGAAGAAGAAGAAGCAAAGAAAAACUGAGAAUUCUGAGGACCAGGAGAAGGCCAAGAAGAAAGGAUUUGGGCUCUUAAGGUUUGGCAAGAAAAAGGAGGAGAACAGCAAGGCGGAGGUGAAGGCUGCCAAGCAGAAGUUGGAGGCUCUGAGCGAGGAGGAGCUGGACAAGAUUGAGGAGGGAGUGAGACCCCCGACCCCCUGCCACCCGACUUGGAGGACGAUGACCAGGACCCCAACUACGCCCGCAUCAACACCUUUCAGGAGCCCCCCAAGGGCCCCUCAGCCUCCUACUUCAGCCGCACCCCUUCUCCUCAGCGGGCCCUCAGGGGGCCCUCACACAGCCGCCAGCCCUCGGCAGAACUUAGAGGGGCUCUAUGCCAAGGUAAACAAGCAGAGAGCCACGCCCUCGACUUCCACGUCGCAGCUUCAGCCCCCUCUGAGCAACAGUGAGCGUGUCCAGAAGCUCAGGAGAGAGCUCCAGCAGGCCCGUGCUGCGCCCGCUUACGAAGAGCUGGAGGUCAUCCGCCGCAGAGCCCUCGACUACGACCCACCGCGAAUGGCCGUGAGAGGACCUGAUACCCGCCCGGCACCCUGCUAUGAGGACGUGGAGCGACAGUACGCAACCCACUCCAGUCUAGGACAGCACCCGGUUACCCCGGCCGAGACAACUACUACACCCCUAAAGAGUCCCAGCCCCUCCAGCCUGCCCCGGGCCACCUCGCCCCCUGGGCCACCACAGGUGGACCCCAGGUAGUACCCAUCCUCGCCCCACCGGGCUGACCAGCGCCAGGAGGUACCCCCCACACCAGGCACCCGUGCCCCCCGCUACGAGACAGUGGGCAGGGGCGGUUACCGUGACGCCAGCCCCGGCCGAUUCGCCACCCCUGAGCGCUACCCCGGCGGCUACAGGGACAGCAGGCAGCCGGACCCACGCCAGAAGAACAGCAUGAUUGGAGCGGUGUAGGUGCGAUAGCUAGAUGGACUCAGACUGGGAUUGCAGAAUUCUGGUAACUUUCCCCAAAUUCCCCAGAUUUUCUGGGAAAAUCCCAGUUGGAAGAUUCCCGGGUUUCUGCCUUAUUUCUUCUUGAUUCCCGGAAUCUUCCAACCAGGAUUUCUGGAAAACCUUGGAAUUCUGGAAAGAUUACUGAUUAUUUCAACCCUAAAUCAGACCCACUCAUUGCUGCUCUACACCCCCCUGUCUGAAAACAUCCUCGCCCCCCUACCUCGUUUGGUGUCUGCAAAUCUGAAGGAAUCAGAUUGGUGUAAGUAAUAAGGCUCCAACUAGACGUCCAAUGGGCGUGAGCUAUACUGCUUACACCAGGUCUUUGAGAGCUACAAACAUCAAAGCAGUAGGGGAAGGGCUGUGUCCCAAAUGGCACUUUAUUCCCUAUCUAGUGCACUUCUUUUGACCAGGGUUCAUAAGGCUACGGACACAGCCCAGUAGUUCUCUGCUCAAAAAGAUGACUGCUAUGGUGUGUGGUCAUCCACACCCCCUCCCAAAAUGGCUGCUGUGCCAUUUUUUCCCCUUGCAUUACUUGACAUAGAUCCAGAAAAAGUCCAGAACUGGCAUAGUCCUUUAUGUGAUGAAUAAAUAUAGUUAGUCAACACAGAGCAUACAUUUUAAUUUCUUCAACAGUGUCUUUAUGAUAACCUAAAUUUGGCCGUUUUUAAAUCAAACACCACACACAUUAUACUUUACUUAAAAAAAGCACAUUAUGGGCAGCAGAAAUUUGUUUUAGGCAAAAAACUGUUAAUGGAAGGUUUAUUAGCAAAGGCCACAACCAAAACACAUUCAAAAAACACCCACAUCUAAAAAGGUGGAUGGAAGGGACACGGCAGGCGGGCAAAGAUGCUUUGAUGUGGACUUCAUUUCCUGUCCCUACUUCCCGUUCCUCUGACCUUGUUUCUUAGGAUCAACUUCCUGUCCAGUGUCAGCUUCUUGUCCAGUUGUCUUUUUGUCUUCCGUUAUCUCGGGUAUAGGGUGCUUUUUGAGUCAAAACCCUAACUUCACCAUCCCUGGCCUCUCAUUGUUGUUCCAGAAGGGGAGGGGCCUGUUUUUAAGCUUGUGCAAAAAGUUUGUGCAACCCUGCAAGAGUUUGGCUGGUAUUCAAUUAAAAGUCUCUUUCCAAUCUGUACAUUGUCUAUCUCCAGUCAUUCUGGAACCCUGUGAAUCAAAAUACAUUAUUUACAUCCCCACACAUGCAUAAAGAAACACAUUUCUAAACACGUCUCUAUACAUACUGUACACAUAUAGACCUUUACUGCUUCUAAAACAUGUCAGCAGCUGAGAGGAGUGUUCUGAUGAUGGCCUGGUCCAUAAACCACCCCUUCCAAAUGGCACCCUAUUCCCUACAUAGUGCACUACUUUUGACCUGGUCAAAAGUAGUGCACUAAAUAGGGAAUACGGUGCCAUUUGGGACACAGCUACAUUCUCCAGUGAUGAAGGCCUAAGAGAGACACUUAAACAUGUUACUCAUAUGCACCGGGAUUAUUAUCCUUUCUCGCCAUUGAUAUAAUUUCCUCUGUGUGACGGUAAAGAAUCACAACGCUGACCAUACCAUGUCAUAUUGUACAUUGAUGACGAUACAUUUUAACCUUUGUAAAUGAUUGUUUUUAUAUUAUGCUGUGCAUUAAAUAUACAUUGUAAAUGAUCAUAUACAAUAUGCAAAGAUGAAUAAAUGUAUUGUUCACCAA